AUGGAUAUUAAAACUUUGCUAGUUAAUCUUCAUGAAGAAGUAUCCUGUUCUGUGUGUGUGCGCAAGUUUACUGAUCCAAAGCAGCUGCCGUGCUUACACAGUUUUUGCCUUCAUUGCUUGAACGGGAUUCAACAAUCAAGUGCAAACCCAAAUGUGGUGGCGUGCCCUGAAUGCAGACAGGAUUUCAGAGUCCCUGGAAAUGGAAACCUCGGUGCUUUGCCAACAAACGUUCGCAUCAACAACCUACUCGACAUUCUGGCCAUAAAGGAGUGCGAUACAACCGCUGUUGAGUGUGAAAAUUGCGAUAAAAAGAGUGAGCACAGCUUUUACUGCUUCCAGUGCUGUGCAUUUUGGUGUGAUGACUGUAUCGGUUUGCAUAAUGGCAUCAGAGCCAAUAAAGAACACCAUGCUCUGGCACUGAAGGACUUUAAAGACCAAGACUUUGAGAACAUUUUAAAGCAGCCAGCGUUUUGUGGAGUGCCUGGCCACGGAAAGAAGGAACUGGAGUUCUUUUGCAGAAGCUGUGAAGUUGCCAUUUGUUAUUCAUGCGUUGCAAUACUUCAUGAAGGUCAUCCCAAGAUGCUUCUGGACGAAGCUGCGAAUGAGCGCAAAUUACAUGUCAAAGCUGCAAUUGAAUCCCAGAAAGAAAGAGUGAUUCAGAAGUGGGCAAAAAUUGCUAAAAUUCGGGCUAACUGUGAUAACAUUGAAGUUCAGGUCAAAAGAGUUAACAAAGACAUUCAGAUGUUUGUUGACAGUAUAAUCGUUGCUCUGGAGGCGAAAAAGCAGGAACUGUUUAUUGACGUGGAAAAUAGGGCGAAACAAUUUCUACAGCUCCUAAACACUCAAGAGUGUGAAGUGGAAAGUCAAGUUAAAGUCAUUGAGACUCAAAUUGGAAAAACGGAACAACUCUUGGAACGAAGCACAAAUGCAGAGAUUGCACAAUUAGACACUAACACAGUGUUUCAGGAAGGAGACUGUAAAGAGGAAAAGCAAGUCGACCGUGUCCUUGAAGAUAUGCGCCACUUUGCUUUUAUGCAAAACGAAAGUUUAAUGGAAAAACUUAGUGUUGGAGGGAUUGGAUCAUUCAGAAGUUUUCUUUCCAAAACGUCAGGACAACAAUCAACUGCCGAGGGAAAGGGGAUUUAUGAGGCAACGGAAGGACUCGGAGCACCAAUUGUUGUGACAACACGAACCGCUGGUGGAGUUCAGUGCUACAAAGAGCGUGACUUUGUGAAAGUGGAAAUUAGGAACAGCCAAGGACGUAAC